AUGGAGGCAACACAAGAGUCAACUCAACCAUACACGGAUCCUCGACGCGAAAACCUCAAUAAUUCUGGAUUACUCGAAGAGGACUUGGGGGAUGUCAUUUGUAUUCUUCAUCCGAGCUCCCCGGGGGGUCUCGACGCAGUAGCCGCAACAGCUCGCGUCGCACCCUGGCAUAUUCUACAGAGGGAUGCACUUGAAUACGGAGUUUCCGGUGCUCCAGCUCUAGACAUUGCUCUUAGAUUGUCCUCAAAAGUGAAUGAUCCUAGCCGUGGCUUUUGCUUUGGACGUACACUCGGCCGUUCCGAUAUACUCCUUGCUGCAGACACUACUUCCAGGCGUAUCUCCAACACGCACUUUCGGAUAUACUUUACAGAUAACUGUAUUCUCAUGCUUGAGGAUGUCUCCACAAACGGCACGAUUGUAGACAACUGCCGCCUUCGCAAGCGGGAGAAAGAGAACAGCCGAAUGUUAACCAAUGGGUCCGUCAUUCAAGUGGUCAAUGGUGAUGAUCCCCCGAACGAAGUGAAGUUCGUGGUUCGCAUGCCCAAUAGGGAUGGGUUUUCAGAAAUAUAUGCCAAGAACCUCGAGAAGCACAUUGGACAGGCCCAGGGUAUUGUGCAACCUGGGAAGCGCCAACCGUCAACCCAUGGGAUUCCGUCAUGGAAUACUCACGGGAUGCACUGGUCGGGUGGCCCAACGUACAAUGUCACUGGACAAAUUGGGAAAGGGGCUUUUGCAGUGGUCUACAAGUUAGCUACAAAGCAACAUGGAGCUGUAUAUGCAGCUAAGGAACUUGACAAACGCCGAUUCAUGAAGAACGGAAUAUUGGAUCAAAAAGUUGACAACGAACUUAAGAUUAUGAAGGACCUAAAACAUCCCAAUAUUGUUCAGUACAUCGAUCAUCAUGAGCAUGACCGCUGGAUUUAUAUCAUCAUGGAAUAUGUUCCUUGUGGAGAGUUGUCUACAUACUUACAAAACAUGCUCAAGAUCCCCGAAGAUAUGGUGAAAACAAUCGCUCGUCAAAUAUUCCAUGCACUGAAGUAUCUGCAUAAGCGGAAAAUUACGCAUCGUGAUAUCAAGCCGGACAAUAUCCUGAUCGCAUCCCACGAACCACUGAAGGUGAAGCUUUCGGACUUUGGAUUGUCGAAGGUUGUUCAGGAGGAGACGUUCCUCAAAACCUUUUGCGGAACGCUCCUAUAUUGCGCACCGGAGGUUUAUCCUGAGUAUGACAUGUAUCGUCGUGGUGAGGUGCGGAAGAGACGUAGGGUUGGAGAUCCACAACCAAAAACUUCGCCCUAUGACCAAUCUGUGGAUAUGUAUUCGCUUGGUGCCGUUCUUUACCACCUUCUUGCCGGUGUUCCGCCGUAUACUGGCCGAGGCGAUGAUCGAGGAGCACAGAUGCUGCAAACCAUCAUGACAACAGACCCUGAAUACAAUAUACUCCGCGGUGCAGGUGUCUCGGAAGCAGGCAUCGACUUGGUGUCUAAGCUUCUCAACCGCGACCCCCAACUCCGACCCAAAGAGCGGGACUGCCUCAAGCAUGAUUGGCUGGUUGAUGUUCCUGAUGUAGAUGAAUACGAAGACGACGAUAAAACGUCGGACUACUCGGAUGGGCUCUCUGACAUAGUUGAACAUGCGGAAGAUGACCUGGGUGCUUCUCAACUCUCUCUAGAAGAAGGCGGUGAUUUGGAUGAAAAGUUCGCUGAAAAUGACAGCGACUUGACUCAGUCAAAAAGACCCAGGAUAGAUUCCCCCCUUGCAGAGAUCCGUUACCCGUCACUUCCAAACAUUGAAAUUUCUCAGGAUUAUCAGCAACUAGCUCAGUCCACACCAAGACGCCUUUUCGGGGAAAUAUCUUCAUCGGCUCUUCGCAGCUCCCAUGCCUUGGGCGACAAUAUGGAUCCAUUCGAGGAUGGCAAUUUUAGCGUCCAUGACUUCGUUUCUUCAACCGGUGAGUCGAUGAUCAGUUACGGCGGCAGCCUCCACUCCGUCAUAUCCCUCCCGGAAAACCCCGUUCCUGGAUCGGCACUUAGCUUACUGGGCGCUGAGAAUCUCGUCCGGCAGCUCAACAUGAACUCGUGGCACCCUGGCACUUCCAGAAACCCUCUCCCCUCCGGCGAGACAGCAAGCCCUCAACCCAGUGAGGGCAUGGGCGCUGUUGACGAUAAAGUUCAGGAAGAAAUUCCGCAAGCCAAUUCUCAUACAACCCCAAAAGCAGCCAAAUUCAGUCGGCGAAUUGAGUUGCCUUUACCGGACACUGCUAGUGAACGUUCUAGCUCGGAUGAUAGUAACACACGGAAUGUAGGCGGUCAAAAUGGAUACUCAGCGCGUGAACCUGGAGAGAUUUUCGACAUCGAACUUGCCAAUACGAUGGACGCCCAAACCGGUCAGUCGGUCCGUGAGCAAUCUGAAACAAGAGGCUUCCAACCCCCCGAAGACCCAACCCAAAUCGGCGGCCCUGUUGCAAUACCAAGGCCUCUUCCGCCGAUCGGCCAGCCACGACCUCUACUAGGAAAACUUACCACUCUACCUGGGUCAAUAAUUGAUCUCACUCUCCGGCUGGAGGGUCGAAUGACGUCCUGGGGCCGUGGUCCUAAAGCAAGUAUCUGUUAUCCUGACCCAAUGGAUGAUCGUAUUCCUGCCUACGCCCUUGAGGUGACCUUCUGGGCACCAAGGCUCGAGGAGCGUGUUGCGUCUGGACAAGACUGGAUGAGUAUCCCCGGGACGAUGGCCUGUCUUUCGACGAAGACUCGCAAUUGGAUUUGGGUGAACGACGUCAAACUCCACAAAGGCCCAGAAGGAGGCAGUCAUUAUGGCAAGCUGUAUACCGGCGAUAUCAUAACGAUCUACCGCCAUCGCAACAAAUUUUUAAAGUUCAUUUGCGAGUUCUACCAUGGGGAUAGCGCGCGCGAACGACCAGAGAACGAGACCGGGUUUGCAGUGCGCAAAGCACUGACAUCCAAAGACGCAGAGGCCAAUCAACAACCGGCACGACGAAAUUUUAAUGUGAAAGGGUAA